CUGGUAUCUCAGGGGACAAUUAUAAGGCACGCAACGCAAGUCACGGAUCCAAGGUACCACUAACCAUACUUACCUACUUACCUACCCAAGGACCUACCUUCCUUCCUUCCUUCUUCCUACCCGCCAGUUUAGCACUGAUUUCUUUGAGACCACCCAUCGCACAGUCUCGAGAAUCAAAAAUCAAAACUGGUCCCAUUCGUUUCCCCCAUUUCCCAUUCGCUUUAACCGCGAUUCACCUCUUUCCCUCUUUCCCAUUCAUUCCCAUCCAUUCAUAUUCCUCCACCCUCCGCCCUCUACCUUCACUUUCAAUUAGUAGUGAUUUUCAAUCUCUAUUUAAUCCAAUUCCGCCGCCCUCCUUCCAACUUCACUCACUCACCCAUGCUCCCUGGAAAGUAAUUAACCAAGUAAAAGGCAAGACAUACUUGGUCUAUCCAAGGCAUUGGGAUUCACUACUUGAACACACUCUUUUCUUCUUUCCCUUUCAAUCGUUGUUGUCCCUGCCCAUCGGUCAAAUAACCACCUCUGGGCUUAUCCAUCAUGAGCCCAUCUUCCAAAAGUCAUCAAAAUCCUCAACACAAGGAGUAUUAUUUCCAGGACCAACGUCGUCGUUCGUCCGUUGCGAAUACUGACGAAAUCACUCGCGAGAACACGCGCGCCAAUACCCGUCCUAAUACUAGCACUCGUUCUCGCCUAGACUCUCACCCUCAACCCCACACUCGUGCCCCUCCACACUCCCAAACUUGCACACACUCUUGCGCCCACAACCACACAAGUGCUAGUGCCGGCGUAGCCAAUCCCAAACCCAAGCCCAGCAUUGUACCAGACGAGGAGGAUAUUUCAGUGCGCAAAUCUAUCGCGACUGAGUCUGCUGAAGAUCAAAACAAGAAGAGUGACAAGCCCACUCAGCCAACCUAUCAGCCCCCGUCCCCUGGUUUUCACCACACUGUUACCAACGUCCCCGGCCGAGGCUUAGUCUACAGUACCAAUUACACUGGUCACAGUGUAAACACGCCUUUUGGUCACACACAGCAACCAGGCCAGUAUCAAUUCCCAGGAAGUGUCCCGCCUACCGUUCUUCUGCCACCAGGUAUUUAUCAGCAACCUCACCAGACAAUUCCUCAAUCGGUUCCUGGCAUCCAGCAACAGAACCUAGCAAUGGCGUAUUCCACUGGUAGCAUGCCCAACAUGGGCCAGCACUUUCAGCCUCCCGUCCCGGAUACCACCAACGGUCCUAUCUCACACACUUAUCACCCUCGCUUCGACAGCCAGACGGCCGCUGGUCAGUACAUCAUCAUUGACGGCCAGGCCUACGUCGCCACCAGCCAGGCCCAGCCUCAGGAUGGAAAUGUCGGUGGCGCCUCGAUCGUCUAUGUUCCCGUCCAGACGGGCGCUCAAUUCCCGGGUCAACAGGUAUAUACCACCUUCAUCACUCAUGGUCUAUCGAACAGAGGAUUGGUUCUCCCAACCAUCCACUACUACAUCCAGCAAGAUAUUAGACUGACCCAACCUGUUUACUAUGCUGUAAAUGCAAGUACGCUCCAUACUCUGGCGAAGUGCCUAUGUUUGGAGUACUCGUUGUCAUGUCCAAGCGGAUAGACUCCUCGUCGCCCAUCUGAUUUUCUUUUUCCUUUACUUUCUUGUCUUGCUUUUUUGUCUUCUUUUUUUUAAUCUCUGCGCUCACUUACCUUUCCACACAAAAGCUAACAUGUCUCUCUUCCAGACUCUGAACACUACUGGCAAUGUGCCCAUUGUCAUCCACCAGGGCGGCCAGCAGCCAAUCUAUGUCCAGACCCCGGGCCAGCCUCAGCCUGGCAUUACUGUUGUCGGCCAGCAGCCCCAGGCUGCCGCCCAGCCUAGUGUAUUCCCGCCUCAAAUGGUAGCCAAUGCCACCAUGCCCGGCGCCUUCCCCAGCGGUGUCGCUCCCGACGUCAUGGGAAUUGGCAAGACUGGAACUGAAGUCCAGAUGGAGCAGUACUACACUGCCUUGAACAACGGCGCCCUUGAGGGCCAGGACAUCGCUCCUGCUGACCCCGAUCCUUCUCGCAUGUACUACGUCCGUGAGCUUGAUGGCGAGUGG